GUUCCAGUGUCCUCCUUAGGCUUCAUGAUCAAAAGAUCUCAGACACCUACCUUGGUGCCUAGGCAACUAAGGUGAAAGGACACUGUUGAACUUGCCAGUGAACUGUCUCGUUUGUCCAGGAACAAAGUGGUUGCUAUUAAACCACAGUACUGUGCCAUAGUUCCACUAUUCUAUAUUUACCUACGAAUCUGCUCUCGCACGGUGUCUCCAUCACUUUCUUCAAUGCCACUCGACAACAAACCCAUCAGCUUCGUCUCAGAACAAAGCCUUAUACGAUCCACAGCUCUUCACGCAUCUUGAAUCUAUCCCAAUACCCAACAACAACAACUUCUUCCUCUUAUCAUGGCGCCUAAGCGACGAAAGUCCGGGGCAGGAACAUCGCCGGCAUUCAUCGGAUUGGUAGUUUUUCUUAUGCUCUUAAUAUCAGGACUAGCCCGGCACAUUUACGUGCAGCAUGGUGCCAAUUACGCUCAGUUCAAGAAAAGAAUGUACGACAACUUUAACGAAAGUUCUGAGGAAGCGACGAAGGCAAGCCCUGACCGCCCGAGGUUAAGCUACUACGACGUCUUAGGCAUCCCCGCCUGUGUGCCCGACAGCCAAGUCAGGAGAGGCUUCCGAAGACAGGCCGUAAAGUUCCACCCUGACAAAGUCGGUCCGUCGGAGCAGGAUGCGGCAAGCAAGAUGAUGCAGCUUUUGACGGAAGCCCGGGACUUCCUGCUCAGCAAGAACCGCUGCUCGUACGAUAGGUCUUUGGGCUGCUCCGAUGCGCACUUGGCUGAGUGCCGAAAGUCGAAGCAAAAAGAGGCUUCGGAGGAAUUCGAGAGGAAAAGUGAGCAGAGGAAGAAGGAUGACGAGGAUUACAUGGCCCGGAGGAGGGAGUUUAGACGUCAGCUGCAGGAAGAGAUGGAUAGAAAGGAACGAGCGAGAUGGGAGAAAACAUGGGCUGGAAAGGCUGAGAAGCAAUGGAAGAGGGUUGUUGAUCUGGCAUUAAAGAUUAACAGAAUCCUCUUCUUUUGGUGGCAUUAGGAUGGGUUUCUAGGGUUGCUGAGCCCUUGACAUAAGAGUAAUGCAAGGGCCAGAUGGUUAUUAUUUUAUAACAUUCCAUGGUGUUUUUAGAGCAGGAUUUGGUAAUAAUAGUUAGGAAUUUUGCGAAUAUAUGGUUACUCGUAUACCCAAUGAAAGAAUAUGAAAGA